AUGGUGAAGGAGGAAUCCGAGGACGACCUGGAGGACUCCUACGAUGCCGAAGCUGAGCAGCCGGUACUUAAGCAGCAUGGCAGUAUCCGGAACGGACGUGCGCACUCGAGCAGUCCUGCAAGAUCAGCACGCUUUGCAUUAGGCGCAGAUCAACUAGCCAUCAGGCACGAGCCUCCUCCGCGAUCCGUCUCUCCUCGAAAGUCCGCCAUGAAACACUCAAUUAGUCCAUCUCGUGGUGCCUCACCUUCAGAUGAGGGCUCUGAAGCGUCCGGGCCAAGCCGGUUUGGCAGUGAGGCCACCGCAGUGGAGGCGCCGAUGCCACGUAAAAAGAGUGUACGGGUCAGCUUUGACGAUGAGAACACCAAGGUCGUAGGACAAUCUGCUGCAAAACCCGAGCUGGAGGAUUCACCUCUUCCCCUGAGUCCUCAAAACACGAAGAGACAUUGGUACAACCAUUUAGGCAGAAGCCGGAAGAAAGAUGCAGUUGCCCUCGACGACGACGAAGUUAUGCAGCCGCGACCGGCUCUGCCCACAUUCGGCAGCGUCCGUGAGAAGAUGCCGCGGGACACUGAAGAUGAGCGGCCACUCGUCCGUCCUACUGAAUCACCGACGGCAUCUGGCCCAGAUACCCCGGAACGCACACCAGACCGGUCGAUCCCACUCGGUCAGUCCAACGAUCAUAAUGUUGGCUCGAUUCUUCAUCUUCAAGAGCAGACGGCUAGGAACCCUGCAAACAUAUCCAGAUUUAGAGAGCCGUUGCCGCCCGUGGUAACGUCAAUGGAAGGGAGCGGCUAUUACUCGCCCAGCAGCACGAGUUCGGAAGACGAAGAUGAGAGGGAAAUAUUCCAAGAUUCAGAGGUUAUCCAGGAGCCCCCGCCAACUUUGCCUCCUGCGCAAGUGAAGGAGGAGAUCAUUGCCGACCAUCCUGACUUGCUCGACCAGCCACAAUACUCGACAGGUCCUGUUCAUGAGAACCACACUGAACGGCACGAAGACUUUGUCCCCUCCAUCUCCGUCAUUCAGCCCACACCGACUCCCAGAGAGGUAGUUACCAACGAUCCGGCCAGUCAGUCAGGUCCAAGUUACUUUGACGUUCCGGGAGGUUUCCCAAAUGACGACAGCGAAGACAACGUCGUGCACGCCCGCGCUGUGCCUACUACAGAUGUGACAAAGCACGAUGAACCGACGACGACUGCAGUGUCCAAUGGCACAGUCAAGGCCCCCGCAAAGGCUAUUCCUCACUCGGUUCCCACCGACGAAUCUGCGUCCGAAGGCGAUAGCAUCUACAGUGACGCAUACGAAGACCUAUCAGAUAUCGACGGAGAUGGUUUCAUGUCCCUUGACGCCGUCGUCGCAUCACCCGUCUCCGACAAGGUUUCUCAGAAGCUCUACCAAAAGGCUCUGGCAGACUCGCAUCAGGAGACUGCUCAUGACGCUGAUGUCUUCAGAGCGCGCCACACGCCGGACGUUUCGCAGUUGUCAAGUAGCUCGCAACAACCGCAGGACGAGUGGGAGAAGGCUAAGCUCUACUGGAAAGGAUUAACGAGUGACAAGCGAAAGCAACUUGAACAAGAGGCGUUGGAGGAAGCUGGGGCCGAAGGCGAUCUCGAAGAGGUUGUCCAGCCCGUAAAACCCAAGAGGAAGAAGUCUGUUCGCAAGAGCGACCCAGUUGAACAACAGCAGUCCUCUAUCAACCCCGAGCGCGUUUACCAAAUCCAGCCUGGAACGAGAGCCCCCGAUGAAGAAGACGAAGCAGAGCCUCCAAUCGCUAUUCGGAAGACUAUGCGAGGACGGCAGGGUCAAGAGGCCGCGCCAGCUAAUGGCAGACUCCAGAAGACAAUGCGCGGUACACCGACUCAGCCGUCCGCCGCUACGAAUUCCGGCAUGCGAAAGUCGAUGCGAUCGGACAAUCAAGCUCCUCAAAGCUCUCAUCAAGUACAAGCUGCGGGUCCUGGAGGCAUGAGAAAGUCUAUGAGACAGAAUGGCUCGUCUCAAUCAACAGGGCAUGUUCCCCAGCAACGAGCAAAUUCGGCAUCACUGGCUAGUCGGGAUGUUCGCUCUAAGCACCUUUCUAUGGACAGCAACAUGUCAAGCGUAGAGAUGGCGAAAGCCAUGCAGGCAGCAAUGCAGUCGACACCUCGUCGACGGGGAUCCGAUUCCAGCGAGACGAGUUUUCGACGGUCUCGACCAAAGCAGGAAGGAUUUGGCUUCCGAAAAUCGAUGCGAUCUAACGGAGAGGCCGAGCAGGCGGCAGCCGGUAGGAACUCGCGCUUCAGCCUCCGGUCAAUGUCUCCACCUGCAUCGCCGUCUCAGCCACCGAUCAGUAUGGGCAAUCGUACAACUAUGCGAGGCACGCUGCGAAGUGACUCAAGCGACGGAAGCACGCGUCGCAUGCGCCUGCCGUCUUUCGGCAAGUCAUCUUCUAAGAAGGUGACUGGAAAACCUGGAAAGAGUCGCUUUGGCGACUCGAGCGACGAAGAAGAUGCUGGGCCCUCUGGAUUCCACAGCCGAUUUGUCGACUCUAGCGACGAAGACGAAAAGACUGCGCCUGCACCUGCGCCGCACAACAUGCCGAAGAGCAUGCGCGCAUCAAGCUCUGCUGCGGCGGCUGCAAUGAAGGUUCCCCCUCCACGAUACGACGAAAAGGCAGAAGAUUCUCCGGAUCUUCCCGACAGCAGCGACGAGGAGGCGCCACCGCCGCCGGUUUUGCAAAAGCCCAAAUUGUCUCCGAGAAAGGUCUCUGGCGCUAGCGGCCGCCUGGUGAAGUCUCAAUCGGACGGUCACGGUUUGCCGCCUUCCGGAUCUCCUCGUGGAGGGCUUAUGGAGUCAUCCACGGCUCCUGCUGUUAGCACCAGACCGAAUCACGAACGCAGAGGCAGCUUCCUGUCUAUCCUUCGGCGCAGAAAAGAUUCUGAUGCCGGGAAGAUUUCUCGACCAGCCGCCGGCGAGAGCGGUGCCAGGAUGGACACGAAACUGGAGCGCAGCGCCUCGGAAAUCUCGGCUCUCCGUGGUACAAAUGGGUCGAAGCUCCAGAAGCUACCCAUGGAGAAUUGGCCCCUUGUCGAGGAGAACUUUGACGACGAGAAGCGGCCGAUGACGGCUGAUAACAACAAGCCCGUGGACGCGUCCAGGCCGAUGUUUAUGAAGCGCCGAAGCACCAACCAGGUACUCACCUCGGGGUACCAAGAAGACCAAGAGAGCGUCCAGUUGGAUCCCUCGGGCAAGAAGAAGAAAAAGUUUGGCACGCUCAGGCGGAUGUUCAAGCUUGAUGACUAG